UGUUUUGAUCUAAAGAAUAUUGACAAGUCAUUUUUCCCAACUCGCUGUAAAACUUGGAAGCUUAUCUGGAUUUUCUCAGUAAAUUCUGCUGUUUUGAACAGUAAUUUGUGCUUACGAAAACGCAGCCUGGCCUUAAAAUGCCCUUUCUCUACCUUGGUGUUCAUUUGCCGUUCAAAUCGUAUCAGAAAAUAAAGGUAGAAAAUUUCGACUUGGACAACAAAACAGUGCAAUUACGCGAAGAAGCCAGCAAGGCAAUACGCGAUUUUUCUGAUGGGGAUUUUGAUUUAAUCUACUGCGGAGACUUGCUACAGGACGAUGAUAUUCUUAAAGACAAAGGAGUAGAAAAUGGUUCUAUGAUUCAUCUUAUUCAAAGAAAGGCGGAAUCACCAACUCCACAGGAAGUGCAUAAUUUUACGGAAGCGGAUGUACAGGAGAUAUUGGGUUUAUGGCGAACUGUAGAUUCGUCUAACUUCCAGAAAGUUCGGCAUCCGGAAUUUAUGAAGAAUGCACUAGAUGCCAACCCUGCGAUUCGCAAAGAUCUGUGGGCUUUAUCUAUCUUGAAAGAUCCUAUAUUGCUGUCGUCCAUGCAACAGCCUGAAACAAUUCGUCGCGUAGCCGAAAAGCAUUAUAUCCUAAUUGAAGCUUCUCGCUCAAUUGUCCAGCUACUCAACUCGAAGAUGAUUUCGAAGUCUACUACAUUUUCGCCUACAAUCGAAAGUGCACUGGAUGACGCACUAUCAGAUUCGUCGUCAAGUGAUGAUAACACAUCACCUACAACUUCCACCGGGGUUCGCUCGGCACGGCGUAUCACUGCUGAUCAGCUAGCUUCGGCUCUGGCAAUUGCUGGGUCUUCAUCAUACAAUUCUCUGUCGAAUAUAUCUCAGAGGGAUGCUGAUAACCGCGAGAGCACCGAUCAAACAAAUCAGCCCUCUACUUCCAGUAGUGCUCCUGCUUCCAAUCGCAUAACGUCGUCUAUGUUCAUGGACGCCCUUACGGAAGUAAUUCAGUCGCAACGACGAUCCAGCACCAAUCCAAACGAACCGGAACCGAUGGACACGUCACCUUCAUCUGGUGGUCCUGCGCCGGUCGCGGACAAUGACGUCGGCGCUCAGACGCAGUCUCAGCACUCAACCUUGGAAGCAAGCCUCAGCAAAUAUCGUGCCGAAGUGGAACAAAUGAGAGAAAUGGGACUGACUGAUACUGAAACGAAUCUCCAAGCGCUGAUCGUGUGCAAUGGGAACGUAGAAGCUGCCGUCAAUUUGGUGUUCAGUGGGAUGGCCAAUUAAAUUUUACGAAACAUAUUCAUAAUCUUUACAAUAUGCCUAUCCUGAUAAACGGUUUGUAAACCCAUCAAACUAAUAAAUCUUCUGAUUAGUAUG